CAGCGGGAGCGGCGGGAAAUUAUCGCGGCUCAGGAUGUCGGCUCAGGCCCGUCUGAAGCGGCUGGAGGAGCUGCUGCUGGAGCAGAAGGCAGAGGGCUGCCUGAGCGUGGAGACGCUGCUCGACCUCCUGCUCUGCCUGUUCACCGAGUGCUCCAGCUCUCCGCUGAAGAGGGAGAAGCACAUCACCGACUUCCUGGAGUGGGUGAAACCAUUCACCACAACGGUGAAGGACAUGCGGCUGCAUAGGGACGACUUUGAGAUGCUGAAGGUGAUUGGACGAGGAGCUUUUGGAGAGGUUGCCGUGGUGAAGAUGAAGCACACUGAGAGAGUUUACGCCAUGAAGAUUCUCAACAAGUGGGAGAUGUUAAAGAGAGCCGAGACGGCGUGUUUCCGUGAAGAGCGUGAUGUCCUGGUGAAAGGAGACAGUCAGUGGAUCACAAGUUUGCACUAUGCCUUCCAGGAUGACAACUACCUGUACCUGGUAAUGGAUUACUAUGUGGGCGGAGACCUGCUGACGCUGCUCAGUAAGUUUGAGGAUCGUCUUCCAGAGGACAUGGCCAAGUUCUACGCUGCAGAGAUGGUGCUCGCCAUCCAUUCCAUCCACCAGCAGCACUACAUCCACAGAGACAUUAAACCAGACAACGUCCUGCUGGACGUCAACGGACACAUCCGCCUCGCUGACUUUGGGUCCUGUCUCCGCAUGAUGGAGGACGGAACGGUCCAGUCCUCUGUGGCGGUGGGCACUCCGGACUACAUCUCCCCAGAGAUUCUGCAGGCGAUGGAGGACGGGAUGGGCCGCUAUGGACCGGAGUGUGACUGGUGGUCUCUGGGGGUCUGUAUGUACGAGAUGCUGUACGGAGAAACACCAUUCUACGCUGAGUCAUUGGUGGAAACCUACGGCAAGAUCAUGAACCAUGAGGAGCGUUUUCAGUUCCCCUCCCAUGUGGCCGACGUGUCCGAGGAUGCCAAGGAUCUGAUCCAGCGGCUGCUGUGCUCCAGGGAACGUCGGCUCGGCCUCAAUGGGAUCUCUGACUUCAAGAGCCACCCGUUCUUCAGCGGGAUCGACUGGGACAACAUCCGGUCUGCAGAGGCCCCCUACAUCCCGGACGUGUCCUCACCCACUGACACCUCCAAUUUUGACGUGGAUGACGACGUCCUCAAGAACCCAGACAUCUGCCCUCCAGUGUCUCACACUGGUUUUACUGGUCAGCACCUUCCCUUUGUCGGCUUCACCUACACCACCGACAGCUGUUUCUCUGACCGCAGCACCAUCGGCUUGGCGGGACUUAGCCUCCGGCAGGAAGAGAGGCAUGGAGGAGGAGCAGGGCAGGAGGUGGAGGCGUUUGAGAAGACAAUCCGCCGACUGGAGCAGGAGAAGCAGGAGCUGAACCGUAAACUGCAGGAGUCGACUCAGGCCCUGCAGGCUCCGGCUCGUGGAGGAACUAUGACCCGAGACAAAGAGAUCAAGAAGCUGAAUGAGGAGAUCGAACGGCUCAAGAAGAAGUUGGCAGACUCUGAUAGGCUGGAGCACCAGCUGGAGGAGGCGGUCACACUCAGACAGGACUAUGAGAGCUCCGCCUCCAAACUGAAGACCCUGGAGAAGCAGGUGAAGACCUUGAGACAGGAGAAGGAUGACGUCAACAAGCAGCUGUCUGAGUCUCUGGAGCGUCUGAGGAGCCAGACGAAGGAGCUGAAGGAGGCGCACACUCAGAGGAAGCUGACCCUGCAGGAGUUCUCUGAGCUGUCGGAGAAAAUGGCUGAGCUCCGCUCCUGUAAGCAGCGUCUGUCCCGCCAGCUUCGCGACAAGGAGGAGGAGAUGGACGGACUCCUACAGAAAUUGGAUGCCAUGAGAAAGGACAUUCGCAAGACUGAAAAGACCCGUAAGGAGCUGGAGGCUCAGCUGGACGAUGCGAAGGCAGAGGCGUCGAAGGAGAGGAAGCUGAGGGAGCACAGCGAAGUUUACUCCAAACAGCUGGAGACGGAGCUGCAGAGCCUCAAGUCUCAGCAGGGUCAGGGAGCAGCAGCGGGGACAGAGUCUCAGCAGGAGCUGUCCCGUCUGAAGGCAGAGCUCGAUAAGAAGGUCCGGUUCUAUGAGGAGGAGCUGCUGAGGCGCGACUCCGCCCACUCCUCCGAGAUCAAAAACCUUUGCAAAGACCUACAGGAGUUCGAAGUUGCACAGCUCGCCACCAACAAGGAGCUGGUCCAGGUCCAAGGCAAGCUGGACAAGGCUAAGAGGGACAGACAAACGGAGAUAGACGAGGCUGUUGCUGCUCUGAAGGAGAAAUAUGAACGAGAGAAAAACCUGCUGACAGAAGAAAACCGUAAACUGACAGCAGAGACUGACAAGUUGUGUUCGUUUGUCGAUAAACUGACCGCUCAGAAUCGACAGCUGGAGGACGAGCUUCAGGACGUGUCAUCUAAGAAGGAGAGUGUGGCUCACUGGGAGGCUCAGAUCGCAGAGAUUAUCCAGUGGGUGAGCGAUGAGAAGGAUGCUCGAGGCUACCUGCAGGCUCUGGCCACCAAGAUGACGGAAGAGCUGGAAACAAUGCGCAGCUCCAGCCUGGUACCCAGACCUCUGGACCCCCUGUGGAAGGUGCGUCGCAGUCAGAAGUUGGAUAUGUCGGCUCGGCUGGAGCUGCAGUCGGCUCUGGACGCAGAGAUCAGAGCCAAACAGCUGGUUCAGGAGGAGCUGCGCAAAGUCAAAGCUGCCAACAUCAGUCUGGAGAGUAAGUUGAAGGAGUCAGAGGAAAGGAGCAGGGAGAUGGGGGAGCAGGUGGACAAUCUGAAGAAGGAGAUGGAGGAGAGCCGAUCCCACUCUGACAAAGGUCUGAAGCUUCCAGACUUCCAGGACUCCAUCUUUGAGUAUUUCAACACCUCCCCCCUUGCUUCAGACCUCACCUUCAGAACCCCAGACAUAGACUCCGCCCUCCAGGAAUCAGAGACCAUACCCUUCUCACCCUCCACCACCUUCGAAUUCAAGGAAGAUCAAGUCGCACCAGUCCCUGCAAGUCCCUCCCCCACCCCCAAGGGCUCAGCCCUGACUACACCACAGCCGAGAGCUCACCAGCUGAGCAUCAAGACGUUCUCCAGUCCGACUCAGUGCACUCACUGCACCUCGCUGAUGGUGGGACUCAUCAGACAAGGAUAUGCCUGCGAAGUGUGCUCCUUCAUCUGCCAUGUGUCCUGUAAAGACCACGCCCCCUUGGUCUGUCCGAUCCCAGCAGAGCAGGCCAAGAGGCCACAGGGCAUUGACGUCCAGAGGGGCAUUGGAACCGCCUACAGGGGCUACGUCAGGAUCCCGAAGCCCAGUGGGGUGAAGAAGGGCUGGCAGCGAGCGUUUGCUGUGGUGUCUGACUGUAAACUGUUUCUCUACGACAUCCCAGAGGGAAAGUCCACACAGCCAGGGGUGGUCGCCAGUCUGGUCCUCGACCUCAGAGAUGAGGAGUUUUCUGUCAGCUCUGUCUUGGCAUCAGAUGUGAUCCACGCCACCAGGAAGGACAUCCCCUGUAUCUUCAGGGUGGCAUCAUCGCAGCUGAUCUCGCAGCUCUCCUCUGUCUCUCUGCUGGUCCUGGCGGAGAGCGAGGUGGAGAAGAGGAAGUGGGUUCGGAUCCUGGAAGGUCUGCGGAUCAUCCUGGCCAAGAAUCUGCUGAAGAGCCAGCAGGUGCAUGUUCUGCAUGAGGCCUACGACCCUUCACUCCCCAUCAUCAAGACCACACUGUCUGCCGCAGUGCUUGACCGGGAGAGGAUUGUCCUGGGAACAGAAGAUGGACUCUUUGUGGUUGAGGUCACCAGAGAUGUGAUCCUGCGAGCAGUUGACAGUAAGAAAGUUUAUCAGGUCGACUUGAUCCCGAAGGAGAAAAUCAUCGCUCUGCUUUGCGGUCGAAACCGGCAUGUUCAUCUUCACCCCUGGGGGGUCCUGGAGGGCGCAGAGGCUGCCUUUGAUAUCAAGCUGACAGAAACCAAAGGCUGCCAGGCUUUGGUCACAGGGGUACUCCGACCUGGAGGCCCCGCCUGCCUGCUGGCUGCCAUUAAACGCCAGGUUCAGUGCUACGAGAUCACUCGAGCAAAGCCCCACAAUAAGAAGCUGUGGGAGGUUCAGGCUCCAGCUGUUGUGCAGUGGUUGGGUAUGGUGAGGGAGCGGCUCUGUGUUGGGUAUCCUUCGGGCUUCGCUCUGUUGGCCCUGCAGGGGGAGUCAUCUCCCAUCAGCCUGGUGAACCCUGCCGACCCGUCCCUGGCCUUCUUGGCCCAGCAGCCGCUGGACGCUUUGCACGCCCUGGAGGUUGGAACCAAUGAGCUGCUGCUCUGCUUCAGCCAGCUUGGCAUCUACGUGGAUGGUCAGGGCCGUCGGUCUCGGACCCAGGAGCUGAUGUGGCCCGCUUCACCACUCGCAUGCAGCUCUAACUCGUCACACCUGACGGUCUACAGUGAAUACGGAGUUGAUGUUUUUGAUAUUCUCACCACAGAGUGGGUUCAGACCAUCUCCCUUCGAAAGAUCAGACCUCUGAAUAUUGAAGGGACGUUAAAUCUGCUGAGUUCAGAACCUCCUCAUCUGAUUUACUUCAGUAACACCUCAUCAGAGGGAGACCUCACCAUCCCAGAGAUGUCGGAGCACAGCAGGAAGUCAAUGGUUCGAACUCGCAGCAAGAGGAAGUUCCUUUUCAAAGUUCCUGAGGGGGAGCGACUUCAGCAGAGGAGGGAGAUGCUGCGAGAUCCGGAGCUGAGGUCCAAGAUGAUUUCAAACCCGACAAACUUCAACCACGUGGCUCACAUGGGACCAGGAGACGGGAUGCAGGUCCUCAUGGACCUCCCUCUGAGUGUGAUGCCCUCCUCUCAGGAUGAUGCUAUUAAAGAUAAGCCCCGCCCCCUGUCCACUAUCUCCCGGCAACAGAAAUCCAAGACACACAUCACCCGUACAGCUUCAGAUUUUGGAGGAGGAGCCUCGUCCCGCAGUAUUAACGAACCAGACCAGGACCUGGACCGAGAGCGGGACUCGGACUCCACCAAACAUUCGACCCCCUCCAACAGCUCCAACCCUAGCAGCCCUCCCAGCCCCAACUCCCCCCACCGCAGCCAGCUCACCCUGGACGGCCUGGACUCUGAUCCCUGAGGCCCCAUCUGAGGGAGGAGUGAAUGAACUAAUCAGGCUGCGGAGUUUAGAUUUUACAUUGAUGAUUUUAUUGUGGCGGGGCAAGACAUCUUAUGCUGCUUUUAUUUUGGUGGAUUUACCUGCUGGGAAGCUGUGCCCCUGGUUUUUAACCCCACCCCUACUGACAGCGACUGUGUGCUGUGACCUUUAUUCUGAUUGACUAUGUGGGACCAGUCACCACCUCUUCUUUUUCUUUGUUCAGCCACUUCCUGUUGAGUUUUAGCAAGCCGUUAGCCAUUGAGUUAACUGUGGCUAACUCCUUUGACAAACAGGAGGUCUCACUCUGAUAGAAAUACACUGUAUGAUUUAAUUUUAAAGUUUUGUCAAAGUUGCACAUUGUCAUCAUCUUUGUUGUUGUAGGAGAAAAAUAAUCUGAUUUUGUGUCCGUGAUGAUCUUUCCUGCCUACCCCACCACCACCGCCAAAAAAAAAAAGACCUCUGAGCUCAGGUGGAGUCAGGUGAGGGGGGUCACACCUGAACACUACUGCUUUGUUUCUUCCAAAAUCACCAGUUAAUGAAUCUUUGUAAUUAUAAACCUAUUAGCAGCCAAACAGAAAUGCAAUAAAAGAAUCUGAAGACAA